AUGGCGGAAUCCUUUUCCAUCCCCGAUUCUCAAGGGGCUGCCGCUAAUGACCCCCCACAAGCCACCUCAUCUUUGGCUUCGGCUCCACAAAACGUAUCCCAGAGCGCUGCGCCCGUCGCAGGGCAUCAUGAUGGUGAAUCCUCAGACUCAGACGAGGCAGAGCCUGAAGAAGAGUUCUCGGACUAUGCAGAAGAUUUCGCGAGCGAUACAACAUCGCUAAACUCUGAGAUCACCUCCUACCGAUUUGAGAAUGGACGACGCUAUCACGCCUACAAGGAGGGGGCGUAUUGGGGUCCUAAUGACGAAAUGCAAAAUGAGCAAUUAGAUAUUGCUCAUCAUAUGUUUACAUUGCUUCUCGAUGGAAAACUGCUACUGGCGCCGAUCAGCGACAACAUACAGAGAGCGCUGGAUGUUGGCACUGGCACUGGGAUUUGGGCCAUUGAUUUCGCAGAUGAAUAUCCCUCAGCACAAGUCAUUGGCACCGAUUUGUCACCCAUACAGCCCGGUUUCGUUCCGCCCAAUCUACAGUUCGAGAUCGACGACGCCUCGGAAGACUGGGUCUAUCCAGAGAACCAUUUCGAUUUGAUCCACGUUCGUGCACUGUAUGGUGCAAUCGCGGACUGGCCCGCAUUCUAUCAGAAUGUUCUUAGUCGCUUGCGGCCGGGGGGCUGGUUUGACCAGCUCGAGAUGUCCAUACAAUUUCGAUCGGAUGAUGGCACGGUGACAGACGACCAUGUUCUAGCUGUCUGGUCGAAGACCUUCAUUGAGGCGGGCGAGAAGUUCGGCAAGACCUUUCGCAUUGCCGAUCUUGCUAAGGGCUAUAUGCAACAGGCUGGAUUUCAUAACGUGACAGAGCACCGCAUGAAGUUGCCUGUCGGUCAGUGGAGUCGAGACAAGAAGCUGAAGAAACUAGGCAUGUGGAACUUGGUUCAUUGUGAGCAGGGAAUUGAAGGAUGGGCCAUGGCACUGCUGACCCGAGUCAUGGGAUGGAGCUAUGCCGAAGUGCAGGUCUUCUUGGCCCAGAUGCGAAAAGGCCUCCGUGAUCCGAAUACUCACGCAUACUUCAACGUGGUCGGCGUGUAUGGACAAAAGCCUACAAGUGCCUAUUAG